UGUUUCCCUUAAGGAACUGAGUGCAGUCAGUUUGUCAGUUGUCAACAGGCUGAGCGAGAAAACGAGCCGUUGGUACAACUCGGUACGUGGAGCUGAGACGUUAACGUGACCGUGUUGAGAAAAGCGUUCAUUUGGUCCGGUGUCGCCAGAUUAAAAAAAAACAAAAACAUGAACUCCCCUCGACACGAAGCCCCCUGAGAGCCGUGCACAUGCGAAACCCGACUCCGCAUUAGGCAGAUGCGAGUCCCAGGCUGGAUUGAAUGGCACCGAGGAGACAAGACUGACUCAUUGGGAGCACUGCAAUGACUAGCCAUGCAGAGAGUGCUCCAUCGACGGAAAAAACGCCCCCCGCCUCGUCGCCCAAGCUCCAUGUCCAGCGAUCGUCAUCAAAGGACACCGUCACCAUCCACUUCUCAGCUCUUGGGAAGGAGGAAGAGGAGGAGGAGGAUGAGGAAAAAGAGCUGUACAGGGCAAGUGGCCCCACUACUUCAGCUGAUCAGGAUGACGCAAACAUUGUCACAGCCUUGGAAGCCAGUGAGGAGAUGUUUGACGACGUGUCCUUGACAUCUUUGAUAUCUGACAAGGUUGCCGUUGUGACUGAAUCAUCCAGACUUUCUACAAAUCCAACCAACAGUUCUCCCACACGAACUUUGUCAUCUCAUAGUUCUGAGCAAAAAGGCUCAACCUCUAACUCGUAUCCCACUAAAUCUAUGAGCUUUCCCUCCAGUGAUAAACCCUUCCUCAGCCUGCUGAAGUCUCUCUCCUCCGACAUUGAGCCUCGUGAUGGGAUCUCUCCUGUUGCUGCUCCAACAGUAAAGCAUAGGCACCUGAUGAAGAAUCUUGUCAAAUCUCUAUCUUCGGAUACGUCCCAGGACUCCUCCUCUUCCACCGCAUCCUACCGGCUUCCAGAAUCCCGCCUCAACCUGCAACUCUUCAAGCAAUUCACACAGUCCAGGAUGCCGUCUGCUGCCACGUCGUCGGCCGGUAAUUCUAAAACUGCCCCUUCCUCUCCCUUAACCUCGCAAGAUAACCGCAGCUUCUUCAAAGUCUCUGAGGUUGAGGCAAGGAUUGAAGACACUAAACGGCGGUUCUCUGAGGCCAUCUCGGAGCCGCUCCAACUGCUGAGUAAGAUGAUAGAUGAAAAGAGUGCCGGCAGUAUUUACCGGCCCAAGGCCCUCUCUGCAAGUGCCUCAGAACUAUCCAACGUUACUUCUAUCAAUGGCCACCAGGAGAGCAACAACAAUUACUGCAUCAAGGAGGAGGAAGGUGCUGACCUGGAGGCUGAGACCCCCAGCAGCAGGGCUUCUGGUUCAGCUGAAUCACCCUUUGUGCCCACUGACACUAAGAGUCCCAACACAUCUUUGAUUUCCAUGACAAUGGACAAAUGCUCCAUGUCCGCUCUCGCCAGACAUGAGUAUGACGACUUUUGCAUCCUUAGCAGUGAGGACUUUGAGACUUCUGCCGACACAGACGGGGAUGGUGGCAAUAGAACUGAUGAUACUGGAAGUCAAAGUAAAGUGCCACUAAGUGGCACCACUGAACCAUUCAGUGAAGAUGAAUCUGAAAGUACGGAACCAGCACCCAGCGUUCCUUACUAUACUCUAAUCAUCCUCACUGUGCUGGUCUACGGGUAUUUUGUAUUACCUCUACCGAGCUAUGUAGGAGGAAUGCUGCUUGGGCUUGGACUGGGAUUUCUUUUAGCCAUUGGUGUUGUGUGGCUCACGGGACCAAAACCUUCUGGCAGCACUUUUAGACAGUCCAGACAGCAUGGGAAGCUGUGGAAUCCGACCAGGUUGGACAUUAAGGAACCGGAUAUCUAUAAGGGCUGGAUGAAUGAGAUAUUGAACUAUGACCCGGAGACGUACCAUGCCACACUGACACACUCUGUGUAUGUCCGGCUGGAGGGCUCCAUCAUUCGUCUGAGUAAACCCAACCACAAUGUUGCGCGCCGUGCAACACACAACGAACCAAAACCCGAGGUCACCUACGUCAGUCAGAAGAUCUAUGACCUCACCAACUGCAAAGUAUACCUAGCGCCUCGCAGCUUGGCCAGGAAACGUGUAUGGAAUAAAAAGUACCCCAUAUGCCUGGAACUUGGCCAACAGGAUGACUUCAUGUCAAAGGCCGACGGGGACCGGGGGGAGGCCAGCGACAGCUUAGACACCAGGGACAAAGGGGAGGUGGCAGGAGGAGGAUCGGAACAAGGGGGGUCGUCCUCCAGUAGAGACCUGACCCUCUAUCUGUUUGGAAGGACUGGGAGGGAGAAGGAGGAAUGGUUCCAGCGCUUUCUAUCGGCUUCCAAGCCAAAGGCCGACUUGAAAGCUUCAAGUUUUGCUUGGACCAAGAGUGCUCCGAGGUCUCACAGUCGCAGCAGCAGCCGUGGCAGUCUGGAUGAGGCACUGACGUCUCAGCUCAGGUCAAAGGACGCCUCAGUGCCAGCGGGCGCUGCCAGAACCAAACCCUUAUUGGACUACAAUGUAUACAUGGCCUCCUUGCUGCCAAAAGAGGCCGUAGUCAGCCCUGCUGCUCCCAGCCCUGCUCUCCACAGUCCUCAGAGCAGCCCUGGGGCUGAUAAGAAGCUUCAGAGCACAACUCCGGUACAACCCAGGGAUGAAGAGGAGCAGCAGGAUGAGAAGGAGGCAGAUGCUGUUGCCUGGGUUAAUGCGACUCUUGGCCGGGUUUUCUGGGACUUCUUGGGCGAGCCCUACUGGGCUGAACUGGUCUCACAGAAGAUUCAGAUGAAGCUCAGCAAGAUACGGUUGCCUUACUUCAUGAAUGAGCUAACCCUGACAGAACUGGACAUGGGCUCGGCCACUCCCAGAAUCCUUGGGGCAUCCAAACCUUCCAUUGACUACAGAGGCCUGUGGUUUGACCUGGAGAUCUCCUACAGUGGCUCCUUUCUGAUGACCCUGGAAACUAAGAUGAACCUCAUUCGUCUGGGCAAGGAGGAAGAAAGUGUCCGCUUCGGGGAAUUUGGCAAAGACGGACCCAGGCCACGGACUUACUGCCUGGCUGAUAGUGAUGAAGAGUCUUCCAGCGCAGGCUCAUCCGAUGAGGAAGAUUCCUCAGAUCUCACAAAUGACUCUGCUGGAGCAGAGGGUUUGGUCGGAGGCCACAAACCCAGCAAGAUCAUGCGCUUUGUGGACAAGAUCGCCAAGUCCAAAUACUUCCAGAAGGCCACAGAAACAGAGUUCAUUAAAAAGAAGAUGGAGGAAGUGUCCAACACACCUCUCCUGCUUACAGUGGAACUGCAGGAACUCAAAGGAAUGCUUGCUGUCAACAUACCGCCUCCACCCACUGACAGGAUAUGGUAUGGCUUCCGAAAACCGCCUCACCUUGCACUGAAGGCACGACCCAAACUGGGGGAAAGAGAAGUGACUCUGGCUCACGUUACGGACUGGAUAGAGAAAAAACUGGACCAAGAAUUCCAGAAAAUCUUUGUAAUGCCAAACAUGGACGACGUGUGGCUGACCAUCAUGCAUCCUGCCAUGGACCCACGCACAGGCGGCACAGCGGACCCAGAGCCGGCCCCGUCAGAGAAGGACAGCACAUAGCCCACCAUGAAGGUUGUUUACAGUAUUUCCUACUGCUUGUGAAGUCUGGGACUGGAGCCAUAUUCGAAAGAUCAGACACUAACGCAAAUCCAUUCCCGUAGAGGAGACCGGGUUGAUUGAAGAACAGGGUAUACUCGACCAAGAAAACACUAGAGACAAAAUGUUGCUUGCUGCCAGAAGAAGAGGUGAUUUGACUUUGAAGGAUUUAUCAGCCGUAGGUGACUGUUGAAUAGGGACUGAUAUGUGAAGAGAGUCACGUUUGGCUCAGAAUUUAGGUUGGUGAAAGUUAAUAAGGUGAAUAUAUAGGGAUACAAGUAUACAAAUGUACUAUGAAUAUUUUGAUGUGUAAGCAAUUACCAUGUAACUAACAGCUCGCAGACGACACGUUUCUGCUAACGUUAUGGGGUGAGAUGGAGCUCGCUUAUAGAAACGCACACGGUGGAUUUCUACAAUCUGACAGUAUAUUUAAAUUGAAGGAGUUUCAUUUUGAACCAUCGGGAGUUUUAAUUUCCAUCUGAUAUUGAACAACGGUUAACAAAGGUUUAUUGGAAAGGCUUGAGUUCUAGAUGUUGGAUCCAUUUACCAUACAAACAUUAAACUUGUAAGUGGCUUUCUGGCAGCAGUUUUUCACCAGGUGUUAACAGUUAACAGUAUUAAUUUGUGCUGUGAACAUACCCAGAACACCUCCCUUUAUUUGCCAAGAUGCCAUUUCAUUUUUAUUUUUCAUAUGCCAAUGAUGCCGUUAUCCAUGUCUAGAUGGAAAUAAUGCUGAAGAGCAGCAAGUGUACAUUAGGAAAAGUGUCAAACUGUGUAAAUUCCAUGCUACACAUACACAAUACGUGCAAUGAUUAAAUCGCUAACUUGUAUAGUGUAACUAUUAUAUAAAAGCUUAUGUCUGAGAAGUUCGAGAUCUCUAACAUGCCUAUUGAAUGUAUGUGUGGUUAGUUUUGGUUCCUAUUGUUGUAUGACAAUAGUUUUUUUUUUUUUUUUUUUUUUUUUACCCAGUCACGUUGGCUGUAGUAUGCAAAUUAUUGCACAAAAUCUUUUUGUCUUAUGAUAAACACUAUAUUAUCUUAUCAUUUUCCAGAUGGGUCGGUCAAUCACAUAAAGUACCAAGUGGUGUAUUUAUUUAUACAUCAUUUCAGCUUAAUUGUGUUUAUUUGAAUGACUAUGAUGAUGUUGUUCGAAGUUAAUUUAAAUGACCAACUUUGAUAUGUAACAGUGCUUUAAAAAGCCUCUACUAGCUAUACUGUAUGUACAAUUUUAUGAAGUUAAGGUACGUACUGUAUAGUAGAGCAUCUAUUGCCAAGAAUGUAGCCUUAAUCUGCAGGUUCCCUUUUUGAAAAUGCCUUUUUAACAGUGUCAUAUUUGUAAUUAAGCCAAAGUCCUUUGAUUAGGCCUAAAGUGCCAGAUUUCUGUCUGCUCAAAGGUACAGAUUCUGUAUUGAUAAAGCAUUUGAGGUUAUAUUAACAAAUGUGCUACAAUGCAUUAAAAUUGUUUACAGAAAUUACCAUAUUUUGCUCUCAAAGGAUGCUAAAGCACUGUAACACAAGAUGGCUUUUUUUCUGUGUGAUUGUCUUUUCCUCUUUGGCUUGUCUUAUUUUCUUGAGUGUUUGUGAAUGCCUACACAUGGGUUAUGGUUUCAUGUCUUUGGAAUAAACAGAAUUAAUUUGAGGAUAUAUGAAGCUAAUGUCGGGAUUUGUAUCUGUGAAUAAUUGACUUUUUAAGAUAAGAUUUUAAGGCCAAAAUCAGUGAUUAGCCACAGUGUAUAUGCCUUAUUUAUAUAGCAAAAAUAAAAGCAAAAGUUGGUAAACCUUU